CCGACACACCGAAUCCGACUUUACGCGCAGAAGAGGGCGGCCCCGGCGGCGCGUGCUUGUCUGCUCAAGGCUAAAAGUUUCACUGACAGUCUCACGUUAACGGGUGACGCGCUUUAAAGACUUUUGGAAAAGAUAAAGAGGAAACUUACCACCGUCUUUUAAUCCGGACGCUGAGCGGUUCUUUCCUUACAGAGUGAUUCCCUCAACUCAGCGCGCUCCCAGGUGCUGAAGGAAUCAUUCUUUUUGUGCUCUGCGUUAAUUCUCACCUUUUUUAACGCGCGAAUGCAAUUAGAAAAAGCCAAUUAGUGAAGUUGAACCAGCCUACACAUCGGCUAUGCAGCCCGGCCGUUUGGAGAAAAUAGAUUAAAGCAGGCUUUAUCUUGCGAGCAUGGUCCGAUAACCGGAAGACACAGAGUGACAGAGAUAAAGUAAGAGACAGAGAAGUAAAAUACAUUUCUGGACACUUCGAAGUGUUUCUUUUUUUCUUGCGAAAGUCUGCCUCUCACGUCCAGGUGUCCCGCCGAGCGGUGCGGAGUCUCCAGCUCAGGCCGGCAGUGCUGACAUGCUGCCCAAAGUCGAGACUGAAUCCCUGGGACUCUCUCGAUCGUAUGGGGAACAGGGGCACAUGCCAAGGAACAUGCAAGCACCCCAGUUAAAAAUGAUGGACUACUCCUAUGACGAAGACCUGGACGAGAUGUGCCCCGUGUGCGGAGACAAGGUUUCUGGGUAUCACUAUGGACUGCUGACCUGCGAGAGCUGCAAGGGCUUCUUCAAGCGCACCGUCCAGAACAACAAGCGUUACACAUGUAUAGAGAACCAGAGCUGCCAGAUUGACAAGACCCAGAGAAAGCGCUGCCCGUACUGCCGCUUCCAAAAGUGCCUCACCGUCGGCAUGAAGCUAGAAGCUGUGCGGGCGGACCGCAUGCGUGGCGGUCGCAACAAGUUCGGCCCGAUGUACAAACGUGACCGGGCCCUCAAACAGCAAAAGAAGGCGCUGAUCCGAGCAAACGGCCUGAAGAUUGAGGCCAUGACCCAGGUGAUGCAGGCCGUACCCACUGACCUCACAAUCUCCUCCGCCAUCCAGAACAUCCACUCAGCAGCCUCCAAGGGCCUUCCACUGAGUCACCACGCCGGCCACCACGCCAGCCACCACCACCACCACCACCACCAUCACGCCACCGCCCUGCCCCCCACAGACUACGAUCGCAGCCCAUUUGUCACUUCGCCAGUCAGCAUGGCGAUGCCGCCACACGCCGGCAGCCUGCAGGGCUACCAGGCGGCCUACGGACACUUCCAGGGCACACGCACCAUCAAGUCUGAGUAUCCAGACCCGUACACCAGCUCGCCAGAGUCCAUCAUGGGCUACGCCUAUGUUGACGCCUACCAGUCAGGCUCGCCACCCAGCUUCCCCCACCUGAUUGUAGAGCUGCUAAAGUGUGAACCGGACGAACCGCAGGUUCAGGCCAAGAUCCUGGCAUAUCUACAGCAGGAGCAGGCCAGCCGAGGCAAACACGAGAAGCUCAACACCUUCGGUCUGAUGUGCAAGAUGGCCGACCAAACGCUCUUCUCCAUUGUGGAGUGGGCGCGCAGCAGCAUUUUCUUCCGAGAACUCAAGGUGGAUGACCAGAUGAAGCUGCUGCAGAACUGCUGGAGUGAACUCCUCAUCCUCGACCACGUCUUCCGGCAGGUGGUGCAUGCCAAGGAGGGCUCCAUCCUAUUGGUCACUGGCCAGCAGGUGGACUAUGCAGUGAUUGCUUCACAGGCGGGAGCCACCCUCAACAAUCUGUUGAGUCACGCCCAGGAGCUGGUGGCCAAACUACGCUCCCUGCAGCUGGACCAACGGGAGUUCGUUUGCCUCAAGUUCCUGGUCCUCUUCAGCCUGGAUGUGAAGAACCUAGAGAACUUUCACUUGGUGGAAAGUGUGCAGGAGCAGGUCAACGCAGCGCUGCUGGACUACGUCAUGUGUAACUACCCGCAGCAAACGGACAAGUUCGGCCAGCUGCUCCUCAGGCUGCCUGAAAUCCGAGCCAUCAGCCUGCAGGCUGAAGAGUACCUUUACUACAAGCACCUGAACGGCGACGUUCCCUGCAACAACCUGCUCAUCGAAAUGCUGCAUGCCAAGAGAGCUUAGGAGGGGACUGCACGACAUUCUCAGAGUUUUGCUGCAGCCCCCCGCCCAAAAAAAAACCCGACACAAAAAACAAAACUCCAAAUGAUGCUUUCACCAAAACGAACCUCCAGCUCACAUUUGGCUGUGUGAUGAUCUGAAGGGUGGAGAGCAGAGAGAACUCCUGUUUAUAUUGAGCUCAUUUUGAUGUUCAAGUUACAACUUGAAGUGCAGAUUUGGACAAAGACAUGCACAGAGACUCAUAACGUGCACAGAUAAAAAGCAUAUGGAUCCCUUUAUUGUAAAGAAAAAAAAUCCAAAAAUAAAAUGUCAGACAGAAGAGGCGCUUCUCCUCAACCACACAGGAAAAACAUUGUUGAAAAGAAAAAGAGAAACACUUGAAGCAAACUCUGCAUUUGACACUAUGUGAUGAUUGUCUGUACGAGCAAGACGAUCAGACUGCAACUGAAAGAGUGAACAGUCCCUGAGUGUUUUAGCACUGGUGAUACCAUUAGAGGGUUUUGUGCUGAGAAAGGAAGCUGAAUAACACUGCCCAUCUUACAGACAGCUGUGUGACUAAAGCGGUUGCUUAUUUCGAGGAUCUUCCUGUGUGUAUUCUAAUUAAAGCUGGCUUUUAGCUGUUGUGGUACUGUAAAAGGCAAACGGACAAGCAGUCAGCCAGGCAAGAGACUCUUGCCUACCAUGUCUGUUUUUUGAACUCACACCAGAAGCCUGCCGUGGCAGCUUGACCCCACUGAAAAGGGUGAACUGACAGAUAAAAAAAAAAAUAAAGGUCUAAAAAAAAAAAAAACCACAAAAAACCUUGAACAUUCUUUAAUGAACAAAAAGAGGCUGAUAAGAAGACAAUGUGUUUUUUUCUCUUGUAAUGAAAGUCAUUUGCUUCUCAUGGUCACCUUGUGGUUCCCCUUUCUUACACCACCACCACCCCAAACCAUCUCAAACUAUGUACCUCAGAAAGACCAGUGUUAAAUAAAUUCACUUAAUAAUGUCAGCUGAAAUAAUAGUAUUUAUAGCCAUUUUCCCCCCCCUGCACCCCCCCUCCCCCUCUUUAUUAUUUCACUGGAACAAAACAAAGUGUGAUUCUGGAGACGGAUCAAUCCUGCCUUUGUUCGAAAAGACCAAAGCCUGCUGCAGAACAGAAGAGGGAAAUUACAAAUACCUUAAUAAUCAGUAUUAUAAGAGAAAAAAAUUUGUGAUGUCACAGUUAUGUGAGUCUUGCCUUAUUUCAUUACCAUGCUAGCUAACCGUGCAGAUGUGAAUGAAAAUAUGUACAAAUAUAUAUAUAAAGUAUUAAUGUUGUAAAAAUUAAAAAAAAGAAUAAUUCAACAGGUGUUUACAUUCAUGUGGUCAUAUGGGAGAGAACUGUGAUGAAGCAGAAAUUGCAAAGCAAUGAUUUCCUAAAAAAAAAAAAAUGAAAUCAACGAAAUGAAGAAAAAGAUCCCUCUGGUUUGCUUUCUUUGGUGUGUGUACAGUGUUUAUUUUUAUUUGUUUUGAGCAGUACUUAAAUUAUGUCGUGAGACACUAAAAUCAAAGAGGAAUCACACUUAAAUAUUAAUUUCUGUGUCUGCUGGCAUUCAAAACUUUUGUUUUUUGAGCAUUGCUGGGUUCCGUUUCACUUUCAACCUGUUAUUUGUAAGACCUAUAUUUUCUUUUUUUAUUUACAGUGCUUUGACCUUUUUGAUGUACAGUAUGUCACUGGUUACGCUUAACAAUGAAGAUAAUUUAUUGCGUCGCUGGGUUUCCAUCUUUGUGUUACAUGACGUGAGGUGUCCACGCCAGAAUAAAUUUGUUUGCUGUA